AUGCAGAUGGGUCUUGGACAAACACAGUUGCCGGCCCUAAAGCUGGCAUUCGCGCUUCAUAUUGAGCUCACAACUACGCUCUGUGCGUGGCGUCUUGCAGGGUCAACUGAGGACACCUCCCGCAUGUUCGGUGUGCGUGUUGUCACAUACCAUUACGGUAAGCUGGUGGGGCACCCGGUUCUACGCGCCUCCUGCGCUGGGUCUCUAGGUGAGCGCUUCACGCAGAGGAUUCAUGGUCCAGUCUUCUCGAGCCUCUCCUUUUCUCUUUUCCUGAGUUGCCUUGGCUCAUGUUUUCCUGGGGUCCAUACAGUGUGGCAGACGGGGCAAGGCCAGGGGAGGGAGGAGCUGCACGACUUUGAACGCAAGCGGAGGAGCGGGGACUUGAGGUGCUGGAGUCUGGAGCUGGAGGUCCACCGGAUGCAGAAGAAGAACGAGAAGCUGGUCUCAAAGGUCCUGAAGUGUAGACUGCCCAAGAUGAAGAAAGAUCUCGCCCUUGUGUUCUGCCCCACAGUGCUGUUGUAUUUAUCUCCCAAGUCAUUCACACUGGGACGAGUUUGA